AUGACAAUUAGAACCACUGUCUCAUCAAAUGUUUACUUUCCAUCGAAUUCUCAUCCACUGUGGUCUACACAUUCAUCCACAUUGCCAACCGGUAUAACAUCAAAUUAUUAUGAUCAACGUUACGCACAACAACGACCAACUGAUCCAAUUUUUCGUACACCAAUAAUCAGAUCGGGUGUUCCAACACAUUUUUCAUUUCCCAACACAGCAACUCAUCUUGGAUUUUAUUCUAAUUCAUAUGCAGAUAUGUUUGGAACUAAUGAUCCUUAUAUGAAUCAGUUGAGAACAACAGCAGCUACAUCUUCAUUUGGACAGAACAAUGGCAGUUCAACAAAUUAUCAGCAUACAUCAUCUAAUCGAAAGAAUGAUUUAUCAUCUAAUAAAAAUAAACUAUACACAUCACCAAUACUAGGUAGUAAUACGUCAGAUAUAAAUGUCUCAUUAUCAUCGCACCAUCAUCAUUCUACUAUUUCUAAUGGUCAUCGUCAUUCACAUAGCACAAACGGAACACUUUCACCAUCAAUAAUUGAUUCAUCAGGAUCAUAUCAUCCUUCGCAACAAGAGACCAACCGAGCAAUAUUAAAUUAUCAGAAAAGUGAUGAACGACAGCUUUUUCCAUUGAAACGAUCACAUUCACCAGGACAGAAUAGUAUUCAUCACUCUUCAUCGGACGAUUUACAAACAACACCAAUAAAUGAAGAUAUAUUAAUCUUAAAAAAAUUUCGUCGAGAAAAUUUUGUCACAUUAAGUUCAGGAGAAAUGAAAAAUAUAGAAAAAUUAACGACAAAUGAUUUUAUUAAAAGUGCCGAUGAUAGUAAUGAAUAUUCAAGUAUCCUGACACGUGUAGAAGAUGUAGGAGUUGUCGAUAACAAAUCGGGAAAAGCACAAAUUAUAUUUGACAUUACUGAACUUCAAAAAAGGAUUAUCUAUGAUGUAUUAGAAGAAAUGCCAUUUUUUGUGUACCAACAAACAUGGUCAUCAAUUAAUCCGAAUAAAACUCGUACAGUUUGUGGCCUUAAAUGUCGUCAAUUGGAAAAGGGCGAUUUAAUCAUUGCUGCUAUGGAGCAAGAUAAUCUCACAUCGAUUUUGACUUCUUCAUUGGCAACCCCAUCAUCCUCACCACCACCGUCAUCAACAUCCAUUAGCAAAAACACAGCGUUAUCUCAUUUGUCUCCGUGCAAAACAACACCAACGAAAUUUUUGUUUAAGCGUUAUAUAGAUGAAAAUACGGGUAAAAAUAAUUAUAAUGAACAUUUAAGAAGCGAGACUGAUAAAUGGAGUGAAUCGAGCCAUACAUCACAAUUCAUUCCCACAAUAACAACUGCAGCGAUAGAAACCGUUCAAAACAAUGUUCAUCGCAAAUCAUUAGAAGAAAUUUCUACAACGAAUAAAAAUAUUCCAAUUUGCUCAGCAUCCAGAAGCCCCUCAUCAACAUCUCCUUCACCUCCUUCAGGUACUCAUAAACGUCAAAAACUAUCCUCCAAUACAUCAACAGUACAAAAGACCGACAUGAGGAUAUCUAAAAGUACAAAUGAAACAUUGAGCAAUUGA